UAUAUUCUCGAAUAAAAAGGUAGAGGGCCCCAUGGGUUGAUGGAAGAGGAAGGGAGACUCCUCGACAGGACUGGGCCAGUCUCAGUCCAUUGUUGGUCUACCAUGGCAAUCCACGUCGUGCUGGCCACGCUCCUCGCAGCCACCUCUGUUCUUGGUGCCCCCACGGCCGAUUGUCCAGAGCCUUACGGCGUGCAGACCUACGCCCACCCUGAGUUGUGCGACCACUUCUUCAAGUGCACCAACGGCACCCUGACCCUCGAGCAGUGCGAGAAUGGACUCCUGUACGACGGAAAGGGCAACGCUCACGAGCACUGCAAUUACCACUGGGCCGUCGAUUGCGGCACUAAGAAGGCUGACCUGAUUCCCAUCAAUGCCCCUGGCUGCGAAUUUGCUUUCGGAAUCUACCCCAACGCUCCCUGCAGCACCACCUACAACAAAUGCGCAUUCGGUGUGCCCCAUGAGCAGCACUGCGAGGCUGGUUUGGCCUAUGAUGACAGGACUCACUCCUGCAACUGGCCUGAUCUGCUCCUUGAUGUUUGCAACCCCGAGGCCGUAGUUGGAUUUAAGUGCCCUGACAAGGUCGACCCCCACUCUGUCUCUGCCAAAUUCAACCCCUACCCCCGUUUCAACAUUGGCGAGUGCGGUCGUCUCGUGACCUGUGUUAACGGAUACCCUAGGCUUGUGACAUGCGGAGAGGGCAAAGUGGUCAACGAUGAGUCGCUCACCUGUGACGAACCCGAGUACUCCGCGAGAUGCUCUCACUUCUUGAAAUAAGUCCGAAGCAUCAGAGGAACGAAGAUACUCAUUUUCAAUUUUUUUUAUAUAAAUCAUGAUAGACCAGCAACGUUUUGACAAAAAUAAAGGUCUAUAUUUUCAGAAAACGUGGCACGCGCACAAGUGCAAUUUUUGAGAUGCGAGAAAUAAGUACAAUGAUUAAUAACAACCGCCAACAAGAUUUAAAAUAUACAUGAUCGUUAACAGCACCACCAAAACAAAACUAGUUUUGUUCUCAAUUAUAACCUUGGAAAAAAGAAAAAAAUGUCUAAAAAGUCUAAAA